GUGAACAAUAAAGCAAACCGCACUCUCUGAGAGUACAAUCAAUGUGACCAGAGAAUGCACUGGUAGUUCUGUGUUAAAAAUCGAAGACGCGUUGAGCGAAACACAAAAAAAUAAAUAAAUAAAUCAAAAUUCAAUGCAAGCUACGAGCUUAAAUGCAGCACCAGCAGCAGCCGCAACCGGCGCCGCCGGAGAUGCAAUAGCAAUGCCAUUGCGGGCUUGCAGCAUCAGCGGCUGCCAGGUGAGCAAAUAUGUGGAAGUGACGAAGCGCAAGUGCUCGCAGUUUGUGUCGGCCCCAUACAUCAUUCCCAAGCCGCUGGUGAUCAAUGGCAAGACAUCGAUAUUCCAGGUGGGCGGCGAAAUGGCCAAAUUGGGCGACAUCCCAGCCCUGUCAGCGGCAAGCGGCGCCGGUGCCGGCAGCAAUGGACAACCCAUCUAUCGGAUUAAGCCUGGCACCCAUGCGCACGUCAUCAACUAUGUGUUCAUAGACGAGGGCUCCGACUCCAUGGAAAAGGCCAAGUCAGAAGAUCCCCAAGCUAUGCGCGUGCUGCUGGACUCCCAGCGCGACAGUGCCAUAGCUAAGUUGCAGAAAUUAAUAGCAACGCAUCGAGGUCUUGCAGUGGCUGCAGCUGCCCCAGCGCCUGCUGCUCCGGCUACUGCACAGAACACAGCAGCAGUCACUGUCACAACUACAGCGCCAGCUUCAGCUUCCGUUACUGCAACAGCUGCUGCAGCUACUGUUACUGCUACUCCUACACCCACUCCUACUCCAGCUUCUCUUGCUGCAACGCCUGAGGGCAGCAGCGUGAACAUAACCACACCUCAGAUACAUCCCAACUUGUCUAUAGCUAGUGUGGCCGGUGCUUUGCCGCUGGCCGCUGCUGCAACUCCAGCAUCAGCGCCAGCGCCAACACAACCAGCUUCAACUCCAACUCAAGCUGCAGUUUCAGACCCAGCCCCAGCUGAAGAGAAUUCCAUUGACCAGCUGCGAACCAAGAUUAUCAAUGCGCGACGCAGUGUCGCACGUGUCUGCGGUCGUCCGAUUCCCUGAAUGGAGUGGACUUAAUAACCAACAAUAGAUAAUAAUUUACUUAUAAUUGUUAGCAAAUACGCUUAAUCCUUUGCUAAAAUAUGUGCUAGAUUUAAUAAUAAAAUAGCUUUUAGCUUAGCUUAGCAACUAUUUGGGGUUAAUUAAAUGGACUAUUACUGAG